AUCUGCAGGGAAGCCAUAUUUGAAGAUUCAUAUUAGAAAUCUCAUACUUCUCCCUUCUACUUUCCUGAUACUCUGUCCCUUUCAUACUAAACUCUCCUUUCAGCAUAACAAUUACAAAAAAGUAAUCGUCACCUUUUCGCCUUCACGAAGUACUCCCAAAUAUGACAUUUAUACACCUUCCGAACGGGGUAAUAAUGACUCCAGAUCAACCUUCGGCUCCGACACCCAACUACUUGCACUCCGAUGAUGAUGCAAUAAUCAAGAAGGUUCUAGAAACCCAAAAACCCGAUCAUCGCAAAGUUGAUGUCUACCACCUGUUCAGCAUUGUGGCCAAAAUCUUGGCCCAUGACGAGGGUAGCAGUGCCGAUGUUCCAAAUGGGACAUAUGGAUUUGGAAUGCCUGAAGUAGCAGCUGACAUAAUAAACAAAGUCUCCUGCGAGAUGGCAUGCAAGUGCUCUGGUAAGGAUGCGAAUAGAGUAACCAUGGUGCUGCUUGAAACAGUACUUCCAAACUAUUCGUGGGACGCGAAGCUUGUGAUAACAGUUGCUUCUUUUGCUGUGAUUUAUGGCGAAUUUUAUCUACUUACCCAGUUUUACAAUGCAUCAAAUCCAAAUCCAAAUCCAGUUGCCAAGAACAUAGCUCUUCUCAAGCAACUGCAGGGCAUUAUGGAAGACGCUUCCUUAUUGCAACAUCUAUUUGGAGCAAUUACUGAGCUUAUCAAGGCCAUAAUGACUGUAACGAAAUGUCUUCUCCAGUUAAAUGACUUGUCCUCCGAGUAUUUUGCAAUUUACAAAUCUCCGUUAUCAACUGCUACUGAUAUUGCAAGAUCGGCCUACUGGGCAGUUUUUUGUGUUGUGACCUGCGCCCGACAUUUUGCUGCGCUUUCUGGGUUGAGAAAUCAGAUCACCAUAGGAACAAUGACCAAGGAACUGUCAGUCUUGGCUUCUAAAGUAAGCAGCAUACAGAUACUUCUGCAAAAUCAAUUAGAUACUUUAAUACAAGAAAUUGAGAUUUACAAUUCGCUCAUCAAACUCUUCAACACUGUCCACCAGGACAAUACGGCAAUCCUCCAGGUCAUGUUUCCCAUGGAUGGUGGUAAGCCACCCCUUGUGAUCGGCAAUUCUUAUACAGAGGUCAAAAUUGAUGCAUUGCAGGGCAAGAACGUGUUGCUGCUCAUAUCUAGCCUUGAUUGCUUGGAUGAGAUUAAGGCUCUUGCUAAACUGUACGAUCAACUGGAAAAAAAUGGGAAGAUUCAAUAUAAAUUAGUGUGGGUUCCAGUUGCAGACCAGAUAUAUGAACAACAUUUUUCUUCCCUGAAAUCGCUGAUGCCUUGGUACUGCGUGCGACAUCCUUCAAUCAUCAGACCAGGGGUGAUUAGAUACUUCAGGGAGUUCUGGAAUUUCACAAAGCAAACCAUCCUGGUGCCACUGUAUCCAAAUGGACAAGUACAACCCAUUUAUACCCUUGACUUCGUGUGGGCAUCGGGCAUUUUGCCCGUCAUUGGCCUGCACCCAGAUGGAAACUGGAAAUUUCUAUGCGAGGACCAUGGCUUGAGCCUAGAUCUACUCAUACAUGACCUUUAUACAGUCGAUUUGACGAUGCCAUCCCCAAUCAUAUGCCUUUACGGAGGAGAAGACAUCAAAUGGAUUGAGGAGUUUACCACUGCAAUAAAUCGGAUUAAAGAUGUCACUAAGCUGAGCAUGGAUUUGGUUUAUGUUAGCCAGAGCAAGGCCAUCAAUCAGACCAACAAAGCCAUUUUCGAUUUCAUUACUGGAAGGAAGCUUGGUGUCUGCUGGAAUGUUGAGGAAACGUACAGUUGGCGAUUUUGGGCCCGAUUGGAAAGCAUCUUCUCUUCGGGAUUACGAAAGGGCAUCUAUCCUAAAGUAAACAAUACCAUGAAAGAUGUGGGAACUUUGCUUAGCUUCAGUGGAAGCUACAGUGGAUGGGCUGCGUUUGGUCAAUUAGGAACCUCGCAUAAAAUGGCUAAAGCCACAGGAGAAGUUGUUUUACAGGUCUUGUCAAACAUAAGUAGCUGGUGGGAUGCGGCCGGUGGCAGUGAGUUUUUUCUGCUAGAACUCAACCAGCAGAUCCAAAAACAACUUAUAGAUAAGCCAAAUCAUUGCUGCCACAUUGUCCUGCCAGCGAAUGUUGCAGAGAUCGCAGAUGAGAUGAUGACCUGCACAAUCUGCGACCGUAAAAUGGGCAAGUACCUGAUGACUUACCGUUGCUGUGAGUAGAGACCAAACCUAAUAUGCCUGUUAUGGAGGAGACCAUCUGGAUUUUCUUGUAAUGCUGUUAGGAUUUUGUCUGUUUUAGUGGCUAAUAAUGUCUAGAUUAGACAAUCCGACUCCUGUCUGCGGUAGCUAAUUCUAGCAGUGGAGUUUGCUUUUCUUUAAUAAAGACAACAGGAAAAAAAAAAAAAUAAUAAGUGUUCGGUUCCAUUCGUUGUAUAAUAAAACUUGAGGCUUGGUAGAUGGUAGUGUAUCCCUCCAUGAACUCUUAUAAUAAAACUUCAAGGUUGUGUUAAUAA